UGUGAUGGGUGGUGGAAAGAAGGGGGAAAGGUUCCCAUGGCGUCGGAGCGGCGGAAGGUCAAGUACCACUGGAGCAACACUUCGGAAGGGUGUCCCAGCAAACGCAGCUGCCUCCGGGAGCCCAAUGAUGUGGCCCCCUCCAGCCAGCCAGCUGUCAGCUCUGCAUCGCGUUCAGGAGGGGCUUGCAACCCCAGUCGCCUGAAGGCCAAGAAGGAGGACGAUGUGGCCUGUACGCAGAGGUUAUCCUGGGGCUCAUCCUGCCGCGGAAAUUCCUCCUACUCCUCUCGUUCCUCAGCCCCAGUUGUGGGCGGGACCGCCUCCAAAGGCUGCGUGAUUCGGGGCACUGAGGGGUUCCUUUCUUCAGUGGGAUCGCCUCUGCGCUCUGCCAGCCCCUCUCUAGAAGAAAUGGCUUCUCUAAAGGAGGAAGCCUGCAGCCUUAAGGUUGAUUCUAAGGAUAGUUCCCGUAACUUCACAAACUCUGAAUUUGCAACCGAAGUUGAGGGUCAGAAUGAUAUGACAGAGGAACCAAACAAGGUCCAGAAAAGGAGGAGGGAGAGACUUCGAGACCAAGGCUCUACAAUGAUAUACCUGAAGGCCAUCCAGGGUAUCCUGGGGAAAUCGAUGCCAAAAAGGAAGGGUGAGGCUGCCAUUAGGGCAAAACCGAGCAUAAGGGAACGUCCUACCCAUGGAAGAGGGCCAGCCAGGAGUGUCAUGGUCUCUGCUUCUCAGACAGAAAAAGAGCCAGUCCCAGAGGUCAGAGCAGAGGAGGACAAGGCUGUGGUGGAGAAGAGUGGUUUCUGUGACAGGAGAGUGGUUCUGGACCCUCAGGAGAAACCCAGUGAGGAACCAGUUGGUGACCGAAGGACAGUCAUUGAUAAAAGCUCUCCCUCGCUAGAAUUUUUAGAUGAAUAUGACUCCUGUUCAGAAACCCAGAAGCAAAAAGAAAGGGAGGUGGUGCUAGAGCAUCCCUCUUCAGGAAGUGACUGGUCAGAUGUGGAUGAUGUCUCCACAGUCAGAUUCUCUCAAGAGGAGCCAGUCUCGCUGAACCUCUCAGCAGUUCCAGAGCCUCUGACCUUCACCACUGACUAUGUCAUGUACCCACCUCAUUUGUACAGUAGUCCUUGGUGUGACUACGCCAGCUAUUGGGCCAGUAGUCCCAAGCCUUCCAGCUACCGCUCCAUGAGCAGCAGCAGCAACGAUACAUCCCAGGCCGGGAGGAGCAGCCUGAGCUUCCUGAGUGAUUACUCUCCCAACUCCACAGUGAGCUCCCAAAACACGUCCAGAGACCUAGAGAUGACAGAGGAAGGCAGAUCCCAGAAUUCACGUUCAUUUCAUUUCUCCAGAAGUUCGGAAGAUGAAGAUGUGAAGGAGAAAAGGACAUUCCAAGAGGAGACACCACCGCGGCCCUGUGGAGGACGUGCAUCCAGCUCCCUGCCAAGGAGCCACCGGGAGCCAAGCCUCGAGGAGGGCUUCAUUGACACCCAUUGUCACUUGGACAUGCUGUACUCCAAGUUGUCUUUCAGAGGGACCUUUACUAAGUUUAGAAAAAUUUAUAGCAGCUCCUUCCCAAAGGAGUUUCAGGGCUGCAUCUCUGACUUCUGUGAUCCUCGGACACUCACGGAUUGCCUGUGGGAGGAGCUGCUGAAAGAGGAUCUGGUCUGGGGGGCAUUUGGCUGUCACCCUCAUUUUGCACGUUACUACAGUGAGAGUCAAGAAAGAAAUCUUUUGCAAGCAUUAAGGCACCCCAAGGCGGUGGCGUUUGGGGAAAUGGGGUUAGAUUACUCUUAUAAGUGCACCACGCCUGUCCCAGAACAGCACAAGGUGUUUGAGAGACAGCUGCAGCUGGCCGUGUCUCUAAAGAAGCCGUUGGUGAUACACUGCCGAGAAGCUGAUGAAGAUCUGCUGGACAUAAUGAAAAAAUUUGUGCCCUCUGACUACAAGAUCCAUAGGCAUUGCUUCACUGGCAGCUACCCGGUCAUUGAGCCCCUGUUGAAAUACUUUCCCAACAUGUCUGUGGGCUUCACAGCAGUCCUGACUUACUCUUCUGCCUGGGAGGCCCGGGAGGCUUUGAGACGGAUCCCACUGGAGAGAAUCAUCGUGGAAACUGAUGCUCCCUACUUCCUCCCUCGUCAGGUUCCCAAAAGCCUUUGUCAGUAUGCCCACCCGGGCCUAGCUUUGCACACUGUUCGAGAGAUAGCCAGAGUCAAAGAUCAACCACUUUCCUACACCUUGGCCACCUUGCGUGAGAACACCUGUCGCCUCUACAGUCUUUAA